CGCCGCUGUGUGCGUGGUGCGCCUGCGGGUGUGCGGCAGAAGGCGACGAUCAAGAGACUUCUUCAUCUGGGACAGAUCUCGUGUCAUCCUCGGUGUCUAAUGACCUUUCUACAAGGUCUGAUGGUAAGGUGUGCCCUUCACCUGGAGGGCAGGCCACUUUGCAGAAUUGCUCUUCCCGUGGAGAGAGUGGCAAAGCACUGGAGCCUGAAGUUUGUAAGAAUGGUGAUUCGCGUGUGAACUGCUUUGCCGCUUCUGCGACCUCCUGUAAAGUUAAAGGGGGUUUAAACUGUGCAGAUACUAAAAACCCCGACUCCGAUGUGUCCUGCACAGGUACUGAAGGAGGUUGCACGGAUUUAACUGUGACGAGGCUGGGAAGUAGCUUGGCGGAACGUCAGGGGCUACCCAAAGAAGCCACCCGCUGCCCUGAUUCAGAAGCUGGUGCCUCGGGUGAUGGGACUUGUGUGUCUUCCGGGAUGGGGGCACCUAAAUCAAUUACGGAGGGCGGCCCUGAUGGAGCGAGAGGUAAGGGGAAGUCACCUCAAGACACUGUUUUGACGCCUGGGCCUGAAUCAGCAUCUGCACAGGGGAACAGAGAGCAGACAGACGGGGAGUUGAGUUCUGGUAGGACACGCACUCAAAGUAUCUCCAACAAGGAUAAGGCGGACGGAAUCCAAAAUCAUAAUGAAGCUGAGAUUGCCAAAAGAGUAAAAGAACCGGAAAGUUUGGAAAAGAAAGAAACACUGGAAGAGGAGACACCUUCCGGACACCAACAAACCAACCCCUCUGCCACUGACCAUCCAGGAGGAAUCACCAGUGGAAGUGAUCAUCCCAAUCAAGGUAGAGUUGGUGCGCAGGAUACGCGGAAACGCGGCGACCCCCAAAAUGUGGGAAAACAGGGCGAGAGUAAAAACGAUGUUUCUCAAGCAGCUGAUACCAUGACGAGCCGCUCUGAUGGUGCAGCUCCUGAAAAUAAUACCUCCGUACACGAGGCUACCACUUCGCCAGAAUCUAACAGCGUCUCGAGUGCCGUCGUGACGAUUGUUAAGGAGAGCGGUACUGAAGCAAUGACAGCGCAGGGAGCAGUAACAUCUGCUUCCACGAGUGUUGGUACAAAUCAUGUACCUAACGAAAAACCUACAUCCGCUGCUGCUGCGGUCGAUGACACGAAGGAC